AAAGUGGGAUUUAAUUUCCUUAUUUUGUUUACUUUCUUUUUGGAUUCUUUCGUAUAUAAAUACUGCACAGGCCUUGAUUCUUGAAUACACUAAAACAGAGUUUUCUUGGUAUUUAAAUUAUUUUAAAGAUUUAAAGAUUCUCUGUGUUUUUUUUAAAGAUUACUAAUGGCAGAUCAUGUUUUGGAUGUCAAAGAAUGUCCUCGUCUUCCUCCUCCGCCUUCUAAAGAUUCAAUCCUGAGUUUUUCUGUGCCUUUCAUGCAAAAGUUGAUAGCUGAGGUGGUGGGGACGUAUUUUUUGAUAUUUGCGGGAUGUUCAUCGGUGGCUGUGAAUUUGAACUUUGAUAAGGUGGUGACACUUCCCGGAAUUUCAAUCGUUUGGGGUUUGGCGGUGAUGGUUUUGGUUUACUCCGUCGGUCAUAUCUCCGGCGCCCAUUUUAACCCGGCUGUCACUCUAGCUUUUGCCACCUGUAAGAGGUUUCCUUGGAGACAGGUGCCGGCUUAUAUAGCGUGCCAAGUCGCUGGUUCGACAUUAGCCGCCGGAACAGUUCGGUUAAUUUUUACGGGCAAGCAAGAUCAUUUUACUGGAACAAUGCCGGCAGGGUCAGAUAUGCAAUCCUUUGUGGUUGAGUUCAUAAUCACUUUCUAUCUUAUGUUCAUCAUAUCGGGCGUUGCGACUGAUAACCGAGCUAUUGGUGAACUUGCUGGACUCGCAGUUGGCGCAACGGUACUUCUCAAUGUGAUGUUUGCAGGGCCGAUUUCCGGGGCGUCGAUGAACCCGGCGAGAAGCUUAGGGCCAGCAAUUGUGUCACAUAAGUACAAGGGGCUAUGGAUAUAUAUAGUGUCACCAAUUUUGGGUGCACAGGCAGGUGCAUGGAUAUAUAAUAUGAUUAGAUAUACAGAUAAGCCAUUAAGAGAGAUCACAAACAGUGCUUCUUUUCUUAAGAGCACAGGUCGUGCUUGACAUUUUACAGGAUUAAAUAUUUAUGUUUUUUUUUUAAUUUGAUGUAAUUAGAUCUAAUAGAAAGGGGAAAAAAUGUAUCAGUAAUUGGUACAAUAGAAGGAUUAAGGAUGUUUUAUAAUUCUUAAUUUCCAACUUAAAUGGAAGUUUUUAUUUUGGUCA